AUCUUGGGUGGAGGAGGAGCCGCGGCCGCCGCCAUGCGGACAGGCAGGGGGAGGGGGAGAGGGGGGGGAGGGGGCGGCGGGCGAGCGGGGGAGGGGCAGAGCAGCCGAGUUAGCUCAGCCCGGGCGGCGACUCCGGCGGCGCCAUGAGAGCGGGCAGCGGCGGAGAUUGAAGUGAGUGAAUUCAGAUAUAUAACAACCUUGUUAGAGGGCUUUUUAAAAAAUAAAAAGUUGAUUCGGUGCAUGAGAGCAAGUUACUGCUGCUUACCGUUCAGAGACUUACAGGUGCUUGCCUGCAUUGCAAUAAAGGACUCAUAUAUUGAGCAAGACUUAUAUUUAUCUCUUCGUUUUGGAGAGCCUAAUAAACUGUUAUUACAGUUUCUCUACUGACUUUCAAAAGUUUUGAAGUUUGAAAGAGACAUCUUUACAAUUAAUACAGCAUGAGCACGGCCAGAACAGAGAACCCUGUUAUAAUGGGUCUAUCCAGUCAAAAUGGUCAGCUGAGGGGCCCUGUGAAGCCCAGUGGUGGCCCCGGAGGAGGGGGCACACAGACACAGCAACAAAUGAACCAGCUGAAAAAUACCAACACAAUCAAUAACGGCACUCAGCAGCAAGCACAGAGUAUGACCACCACUAUUAAACCUGGUGAUGACUGGAAAAAGACUUUAAAACUCCCUCCAAAGGAUCUAAGAAUCAAAACUUCGGAUGUGACCUCCACAAAAGGAAAUGAGUUUGAAGAUUAUUGUUUGAAACGGGAGUUACUGAUGGGAAUUUUUGAAAUGGGCUGGGAAAAGCCAUCUCCUAUUCAGGAGGAGAGCAUUCCCAUUGCUUUAUCUGGUAGGGAUAUCUUAGCUAGAGCAAAAAAUGGAACAGGCAAGAGCGGUGCCUACCUCAUUCCCUUACUUGAACGGCUAGACCUGAAGAAGGACAAUAUACAAGCAAUGGUGAUUGUUCCCACUAGAGAACUUGCUCUACAGGUCAGUCAAAUUUGCAUCCAGGUCAGCAAGCACAUGGGAGGGGCCAAAGUGAUGGCAACCACAGGAGGAACCAAUUUACGAGAUGACAUAAUGAGGCUUGAUGACACAGUGCACGUGGUGAUAGCUACCCCUGGAAGAAUCCUGGAUCUUAUCAAGAAAGGAGUAGCAAAAGUUGAUCAUGUCCAGAUGAUAGUAUUGGAUGAGGCAGAUAAGUUGCUGUCACAGGAUUUUGUGCAGAUAAUGGAGGAUAUUAUUCUCACGCUACCUAAAAACAGACAGAUUUUAUUAUAUUCUGCUACUUUCCCUCUUAGUGUACAGAAGUUCAUGAAUUCCCAUUUGCAGAAACCCUAUGAGAUUAACCUGAUGGAGGAACUAACUUUGAAGGGAGUAACCCAGUACUACGCGUAUGUAACUGAGCGCCAAAAAGUACACUGCCUCAACACACUUUUCUCCAGGCUUCAGAUAAACCAGUCGAUCAUUUUCUGUAACUCCUCUCAGCGAGUUGAAUUGCUAGCCAAGAAGAUUUCUCAACUGGGUUAUUCUUGCUUCUAUAUCCAUGCUAAAAUGAGGCAGGAACAUCGAAAUCGUGUAUUUCAUGAUUUCCGAAAUGGCUUAUGCCGCAAUCUUGUUUGCACUGAUUUGUUUACCCGAGGUAUUGAUAUACAAGCUGUGAAUGUGGUAAUUAACUUUGACUUCCCAAAGCUGGCAGAGACCUAUCUCCAUCGUAUUGGAAGAUCAGGUCGCUUUGGUCAUCUUGGCUUAGCCAUCAACUUGAUCACAUAUGAUGAUCGCUUCAACCUGAAAAGUAUUGAGGAGCAGCUGGGAACAGAAAUUAAACCAAUCCCAAGCAACAUUGACAAGAGCCUGUAUGUGGCAGAAUACCACAGCGAGCCUGUAGAAGACGAGAAACCUUAACAAGCAUGCUUUGACAAACUACAGAAGGCUCGUUUGGAUCUGUUGACACAUCGUUUGGGGGGAUGCUCUUCUCUUUGUGGGUUUUUCAUCUUCUUUUUAUUUUGGAACUAUGAAGACUUAAAAGAGCUCAGACAUUUUUUCUUUUUUUAACUGGUGAAGAGAAAAAGCUGAAAAGAAGGAAUUUACCUUUUUGUUCCACUUGUUUGCACUGUGUGCUGACUGAACAUUAGUUGCACUAACUGCUGGUUUUUAAAAAAUGUUUUCUGGGGAGGGGGGACAAGGAAGGAGGAGAAAGAAGAGAAGGGGAGAAACCCUAAAAAGAGAAGAAUCUUGAUGAACACACAAGCUUGUCUACAAUUUCAAAAUUCUCCAACAGCUGACUCUUGAGUGCAUUUCAACUUCUCCCUUAUUACUCAUCCGUUUUUUAAGCCUGAAGAGCUUAUUACUUAUUUGUGCGAAGUGCCUUAUGCUAUGAGACCAUUCAGAAUAUCAUCUUUUAGACACAGCCCAAGGAAUCAACAAUAGAAAUUCUUUCUUUUUUUCUUCUCUUUUUUUUCCCCCUGUCUUUUUAAAUUUUUUGUCUUUCAUUUUGGUUUCAAGUUGAAGUCUCUCUCUUCCCUUUUUACCCGAUACUCAAGCCCAGGGCUGGAAGAUGACACGUAUUAGUAAUGUUAAACAUCAUUCUAUUUUUCUUUAUGUGGAGGAGUUGAUAUGCAACUGCAGUUCAUCCGCACUGUAAAUACAUGUAUUUAAAAAAAAAAAAAAACAAUCCCAAGUAAAAAUUUCUUCUGGGCUGAGUAGAUUACAACAUCAUCGCUCCCAAAGGAAAGAGCAGUCUAUCAUUGCAGGAGCCAUAUGACAAGCCUUUGUGCUCUAUAGCAGAACACUAAAGACUGGUUUACAUACGCUUCCAUUAGCAGUUAUGGCACUUGAUGUGUAGACAUGUCAGAGCCUUGACCCUCUUUCCUCUGUGGCAAAGCGUGUCCCAUAGAAAAUUGGGUGUGUAUACUUGUAUAAACUUUGUAAAUAAGUUUUUUUCUGGGUUCAUAUAUAUAUAUACAUAUAUAUAUAUUUUUUUUUGGAUGAAGGUUGCUGGGAUUAAGGGGAUUAGAGUGAUUAUGGGAGCAGCUAAAGAUGAGAGGGGCUCAGUUUUCCGCAACACUAAAUUCUAAAAAGUACUUUGGCCUCUUAGUGUAGAGAGCAGGCCUCUUUGGUGACCCUGUGUUGGAAGAGGAACCCAGAAGUCUGGGAUUUACUGUUUGCUGCCACACUGUAUCAUCUAAUACCUUUGGAGAAUACCUGCCAGAGAGAGCAAGGAAACUUCAAAAGCCUAUGACUCAAGAUGUUAUUUUUGAGACGCUCUCUCUGAUUUUGCUUCUUCUCCCCCUUUUAAAAAAAGUUUGAGGAACUUUUCAAGCUCAGCAAAAGGGGACAAAGAUUAAUCUCCCUUGCAGUGUGGGAAUUCAGUUGAGUGGCAGUGUCUGAGCAGUAUAUGUACAAAGCAUGGAUUUUGCAUUUCAGAAUAUUAGCCAGUACCAGCUUUGGUAAUGUUAGCAGUUCUGGAGCUUAUUUUCUGUGGAUCACUUCCUGUACUGUGUAAGUGUGUUGCCCUCUGCCCAUCUUGAGACACAAACUUGCAGGAAUGGGCAACUCCUGAGAGCUGUUAACUUUCAUGCUACAGAAAGCUGCUUGCCAUCCUUUUGCUUUGUGACAAGAAUUAUCUGUCAUUUUGCAUUGUAAAUUGCUGGCAAAUGCUUUACAGUCAGUAGUGUUGCUUUAAAUUGUGCCCCUCCCAACAUGCUUGAUGUUUGGCCUGAUCUCCAGGCAAAAGGAGUGAGAUGAAUCAAAACCAGUGAACUUUUUUUUUUAAAUGUUUUUAAUUCCCUUUUAACCCAGUGUACUAGGUCAAUCAGGAGGCAUCUAGGGUUUAAAAAAAAAAAAAGGCAAAAAAUAAAAUUAAAAAAAUUUGAUUUCCAUAUUCCAUUUUUUCAAAACAAGAUAAGUCCUGCAUAUGCUUUCAUGCUUAACUCACCUGGAUAAAGAAAUCAAUUAUUCAAAGUUGCUUUUUUUGACUCUUGCCUAGUUCUAAGCAAAACUAUUUGUGACUCACCCAAAACUCCUUAGGAUCAAAAUCCUGCAGAUGCCUCCUGAUCAGACGUAGCCCUAACUCCUUAAAAAACUGUAGCAAGAGCUGCACAGUACAAACCCAAAAAAGAAUAAGCUCAAUUUAUUUAGUAUCCAAGCUAUGUUCUAUCUGGCCAAUGUUGGUUACUAAAUACAAGCCCUAAUUAAGGAAUAACUUUUUUCCAGGGAGGGGUGGGGGGAGGGAAUUUAGAAGGCAUCAACUUUUGACCAAAAAAAUCUUGCCCUUGUACUGAUGCAGCUCUUUUCCCCCCACCUCUGGCGAGAUAAGAGGGAUCAUUCAUUAUAGAAGAAAAGCAAAGGCUUGUCGAUGGAAUUGGAUAUCUCGCUAGAGAGUGUGUGGGUGACAAGACAAACCGCGCAGUCUUUGCCAUUCUCAGACUGUGCCUGGUGCCACAUGACUGUGGGUCCCUCUUAAAGCACAGACUUAAUUGAAAGUAUUACUGAAGUAUAGCCUCUGAUGAGGAGUGGCACUUAAAUGAUCUGGAACACCACUAUUGGACACAGUCCUGUAGAGGCAGCUGUCCAGUUUUGGUGCUUGACUCUUGAAUAGGAAUUGCUAAAUGGAAAGAUGCUCUAAGGACUAGGUCAAAGCCUAGUCUCUCUUUUUUUUUUUUUUUAAAUCCCCCUCACUAUAAGGAGCACUGUUACUGGAAAUUGUUUUUGUGUUACUUUCCACUGUUGGGUGUCUUUUAAGUAAUGGUAAUAUUUUUUCCAGUGGUUCGUUUGGAUGAAACUUCCCUAUUUUUAAUAUUUAAAUUAUGUCCAACUCAUGGUUUUGCCUAUGGUUGUAGUUGUGUAAUGGGUUAUGGACUGUUACACACCUUGCUGCCUCUGGGCCUCUUGUUUUUCUCUUCCCAUACAUUCCAAUGGAGAAACUUUCUUGGCUUUCCCUUGGGAAUAGAAUAAACUUAUUCUAAAAUGAUCUUCCAUGGGAAGAAGUAAGGGAGAAGCAAAUCUAAAUAUAUCUCAAUUAUUUUCCAGUUGGUCCCAGCAUCGUAAUAUGGGUGGGUCCCAAUGGCUGGGGGGAGGGGGGAGGCAAUUGGUUAUCAAUAUCUGUUUUCAGAAUGAGAUGGGAGCAUCUUUCCUUCGCUGUGUGCUUUGUGUUUGAUACCAUCAUGCUUGGGUUAGAACCAGAUAGCACAAAGCCUUGAGUGUAAAUUUGUUGGAAUCAAAACAUCUCAUUCUGAUCACUUGGUUUAGUUUUUUUUUUCUUUUUUUUUUUUUAAUAGGGGUGGGAGGGAGGUUACUAUGCCCCAAAAGGGAGGGUGUCUGCACUAAGGAUUUAGAAACACUUUGGAAGUUCAUAACCUCAUCAGAAAUGGCCUUUAGCCACACUCCUGACCUUAUAGAUGAGUAACAAAAAGAUGAAAUAAUUUUUGGGGAAUUAAGCCAUGUUAUUUUAAUUUGCUACUUUUUUCAGCGUUCUGUGUAUCUUAAAAAUUGUUACUGUGGAAUCAUUUUCUGACAAAAUACCUUUGUCAAGCAAAAUUUUUGGCUUCAUGGGAGCUGAAGUCAACUUUUUGUGAAAUUAAGUGGACUUUUGUGAGCUUGUAGUUAUGCUUUAUAUCCUUGAAGAUAGUUUUCUUAAACUCCCAAAGAAAAUCUCUGGUCUUAAAAACUCAUCUUUGGGGUAGAGAGUUAAGUGUCCAAAGGCUAUAUAACAGUUCAUGAGGUUAGAGGGAGCUAGCCUGGCACCUGGACUCUGCCCCUCCACAGCUGACAGAUUCCAGCAGAAGUGUGUUUAAAUUCUCCAGUAGACAAUACUGGGCAGGGCAAGGGAGGGGGUAGGGCUGGGUUAUUAAGAUACAGGCUACUGUAUUUUAACCAAUGGUUGUGGGGGAGGGGUGCCUGGAGAAAACAAAGUCACUUCCCUUUUUUGAAACAAACUAAAACUUGAAAAAAUGUAUUUUCAGUAAAAAUGGGAUAGAAUUCCAAUGUCCCUAGCCACAAGGGACGAGUUCCACUGAGAAGUGAACAGUGGGGACUCAAAAUUUUGAAAACAUUUGGGGAAAGGGAAAAUUGGCUUUCUGUUAAUUGGCAAAUGUUCCAGUGGGACUCUGUUUUUGUUGGGAUGUGUUACGUUGUAUGUACACAUAUAUGGACCAGAGUCUGCUGCGUUUAUAAGGUUCAGAAAAAAUGGUUGAUAAAAUCUUGGUUUUUGUUAAUUUAUCUCAAUAAAAGCCCACUGGAACUCCAAAUGUGUGUGUGG